AUGACAGGUCUGGGUGUGAGCCUUGCCACCAUCGCAGCACUUUGGAUGGUGGACAUAGCACACGGCGAGUUGUUCUACAUCGAAGAAGCCGUACUAAGAUUCAUCCGACACAUUGAAAAACACAACCAGAUUAAAGUGAAGUGGUGGGAUAUAACAGGAACGCACGAGGAGCUGCCGAAAGACAAGAAGUAUGAAAAGUACCGCAUGAAGGUCUCUGUGAAGGAUAUUACAUAUGGUCAGGCGACCUCAAAAGUUGCAAAACCUGAUGCUCUGUACAGCCAAAUCUUCCAGAACAGACAAAGGAAAGAUCCAAUUUCGGUGAAUGUCCAACACAUCAAGACAGUUUCCAGCUUUCUUUCCUGGGAGAUUGAGAACUCUAUACGCACCGGACUAGGCUUUAGUUUGUUUCUCGAUCUCCCAAAGAAACUGGGCGAUGCGGGGUUCGAAAUAAGUACAGCGAUCGACUCCAAAAGUGAGAGAGCCGGCACGGAAAUCAAAACCACGGAGGUUACCAUGAAGGAAUCGUUCAGCGUUGCAGGCCAGACCGAGGUAACUGCGAUUUGGAAGAUGACAGACGGCACAAUGAACGUCCCCUGGACCGCAAAGUUCAUACUGGAAGGAUUCAUUGCUGUCUGCUACGAGAAAAAAUACAAGGGCAGAGAGUUGUGGUUCUAUAGUAUUGCUUACUUGGACCACCCGAAACUCACUCGAGUAUCGAAAUACGUAGUAAAAUAUGAAGGCAAGGGGCUCUUCAAUGGAGUCAGCUCCUCUGACCUGGCGGUUCAAUCGGAAGAGAAAAGUUUAAAACGCGGUAAAAAGAAGCCAAGAAAAAAUGUUCUUCCUGAUCUAAUUGACAAUGAAUAA